AUGCCAACUGUCUCCACUGUCAAUCUCACGGCACCACUCCUCCUCCUGUUGCUAUGGGCAACCCACCCCACCAUGGCAACCAACUGGCUCUCCCUGGCGAGGCUGCCUCGCUCCAGGCCCGUGUCUGGUGCUGCCCCAUGUGCGCGGCUGAGGGGGCUGACCCCGGGGCAGGUGGGGGUGUGCAGGGCGCGAGGGGAGGUCAUGGAGUCCGUACGCAAGGCAGCCGAGAUGGUCAUAGAAGAGUGCCAGCACCAGUUCAGGAAUCGACGCUGGAACUGUUCCACCACCCCACGUGGAAUCAAUGUAUUUGGCAGAGUCAUGAACCAAGGGACUCGUGAGGCGUCCUUUGUGCAUGCUUUGUCCUCAGCAGCCGUGGCAGUGGCUGUGACACGAGCCUGCACCCGCGGAGAGCUGGAGAGGUGUGGCUGUGACAGGAAGGUCAGGGGGGUCAGCCCCGAGGGUUUCCAGUGGUCAGGGUGCAGUGACAACCUGUCCUAUGGUGUGGCUUUCUCCCAAACAUUUGUGGACGAACCAGAACGAGCCAAGGGGCUUUCAGCGGGGCGACCACUCAUGAACCUCCACAACAACGAGGCCGGCCGAAAGGCCAUCCUUCACAACAUGCAGGUGGAGUGUAAGUGUCAUGGCGUCUCCGGCUCCUGUGAGUUGAGGACCUGCUGGAAGGUUAUGCCCCCAUUCAGGCGCGUUGGUGUUGUGCUCAAAGAACGCUUUGAUGGAGCCACAGAGGUCCGCCUGACUCGUAUAGGAUCCAGGACAGCCCUGCUCCCCCGUGACCCGCUGGUCAAACCCCCUGCUGCCAGAGACCUUGUGUACCUUGCUCCUUCACCAGAUUUCUGCCAUCUAGACCCUGACAACGGUAUCCCUGGCACUGCUGGUAGGAGAUGUAACGGAACCUCUCGGCUGGCACCAGAUGGCUGCGAGCUGGUGUGCUGCGGGCCAGGGUACAGAGCAGGCCGGGCUGAGGUGGUGCAGCGCUGCUCCUGCAAGUUUUCCUGGUGCUGCUCGGUCCGCUGCCAGCAGUGCAAGAACACAGUCACCAUUCACACCUGCAGAGUCUAAGAGGGCUCAAACAAGACCAAACCGGCUGAGCAGAAAGAUCCAAACGAAUCCAUCAGACUGAGACUCGUGAACUGAAGGCGGGAUGAGGACAACGUAGACAAUGACGCACCUAAUUCUCACCAGAUUAU